UGCCACGUUGUCACACACACACACACACACUACUACCCUAGGUGUUGUGUCAAGGAGCAGCAAUCUACCCUUCAACAUGUCUGGACUCAAUGCAUCCCUUGGCUACUUUAUUGCCAUUGUGGCCUUCGGUAUCUCAAGCCGAGUACUUCUGAGGCGGCGUCCGCGUCUCGACUUCCUGCUGGAGUUGGCGGCCUCAUUUGUGCUGGCCGCAUGCUUGCUGGAGAUGCAGACCAUCGUGGAGGUGGGCCAGUGGGCCGGGGGUCUUGGUCCUGACGUGUGUGUCACAAUACUGUUCGUGGUGCUGUUGACCCAUGGCGUGGCGUGCGGUAACGCCUCCGGCAACCCCACACUGACGCUUGUGAGAUUCCUGACUCUGGAGGAGACCCCCAUUCCGACCCUGCUUGCCGUGGCGGGGCAGUUCCUGGGAGCACACGUGGCCCUGCUGGCGGCCCUGCACUACUGGGGCCUGGAGCUCACGGACAUGCACAUGAUCAAAAACCUGAUGGCGAGCUCGUGCAGCACGUCGCUGCGGGUGUCUGUGCUACAUGGGUUCUUCACCGAGUGUGUGUGUGCGCUCGUGUUCCACCUGGUGCACCUGAGCAUGCGCCGCCGGUCCGCUAUGAUACGGAUCCCACUUGUUGCAGUACUCCUGACCUUCCUGUCCCAUACAGCCAGUGAUUAUACCUCCGCCUACAUGAACCCUUCGCUGGCCUAUAGCCUAACCUUCAACUGCCCUGGGUUCACCUUGACGGAAUAUGCAAUAGUCUACUGGCUAGGACCACUCACAGGCAUGAGCAUGGCUCUUUUUCUGUACAUUGGCCACAUUCCAAGAGUCUUCUCCAAGAAUUUAUUAUACUCUCAGAAAACAAGAUUCAGAGUGCCCAAGGGCAAUACAUCAGGUGAAGGAGACAAAAAGAAAAAGUGAAUGAAGCUUGCCUUUUAUUUUUUUAACCAUUAAAUAUCAAAUGAGUCUUGCUUCUUGGACAAGUUGAUCUAUUCAUGAAUAAAAAGUGAAAAUGAAACACA